UAGAGAAAAGAAAUACCCUUCUUAUCAUUACAUAGGUGAUAUUCUUAGUUUCUUUACAUACACAGAAGGCAAAGAGCAGGAGAUGGAUUCAGGAGCAGGUAGAUCAAUUUCAUUUUACAAUGUCAAUGAUGAUUCAGGAAAUUAUGAGGUGGACCUGACCCUGAAACUAGGUUUACCAAAUGAAGAUAACAAUCAAUCCCAUCUUAGGCAACAAGUUGAUCGUAACCCCACAACCUCUGAUCUUUCCAAUCUUAACUUUAGUGGCCCUUAUAGUACUACCGCUGCUGCUCAUCAUCAGGAAGCACCAAAUAGCUAUGGCGUGGUCAGUGGAGGAGGUCAAGCCAACAUGAAUCUGGUUAAUAGAGAGAAUGCUGCAGCAAUGAACUAUGGAAUGGUUAACCAUGGAGGCAAUGGUGUGAUGAUGGGAAAUAUAGGAAACAACCCAGAUAUUGGUGAGCAAAACUUCAACUUGACUGACAGCCAAAUUGCAUGGUUACGACAGAAUUAUAUGAAUUCAACCAAUCAUCACCGAUAUGGGGGAGGAGCAGAAGGGUCUGUUGUAGGAAUUCCUAUAAGCAGUCCUAAUUAUUUUAAUGCUCCAAUACAUACUAUGAAUGACUAUACACUCCUAGACAGCACUCCUAGAAGGGUUGCUCAUAUGGAAGAUGUUGGAGGCUCUUCUUCUAUUAAUUUUCGUAGGAGAGAUUCAAGAAGACAACGUGCUGGAAGCUAUAAUGAUCCUACUAAGAGGUGCACUAACUACAACUGUAAUACCAAUGAUACUCCUAUGUGGCGCAAAGGUCCCCUUGGUCCCAAGACAUUGUGCAAUGCCUGCGGGAUUAAGUAUAGGAAAGAAGUGGAGAAAAGAAGAGCCAAAGAAGCAGCAAGUAGCUCAAAUGGUACUUGAAUGUUAAAGAAGAAAUGCCCUCAAAAGUCUUGUUUUGUAAUCUUUUUUUCUUUAUUUAAUGUAAUUAUAUUUUCUUGAAUGCAUAUAUCAUUUAAUGAAGAAACUAUUUUCUACUA